GAACUCCCAAGGGGAAAGAAAAAUUAAAAAUUUUUUUUUUAUAAUAAUGAAAUUAUUGAAAUACUGUAAAAGUUAACUGGACAUUAAAGUUAAGUGAAAUUAAUGUGUAAAGAUGUUACAAAAAGAACUGAAAAAGCUAGAUCAAUAACAAUCGUGGGCUUCGUGUCGCUACAGAUAAUCUUUUAAAAUUUAUAAUCAUUUAUAUACACCAUGAUACCAAUUAAAUUGUUUUUAUUUUGAUAGUUUCUAUAGUGAUGUAUACACGGUGUAUUUCUAUAUGGUGUAUUGGCGAACAUUAUAGUUUCCAGUUGUCAAAAUACUAUCUUCUCACAUUUUAAAGCUUGCUGAUCUAUGAUUCAAAACCAAAGUUCGAGUUAACCGGAUAUAUUCGACCAAGGGAAAACAAAAUUUAUUCGAAUUAGCGAGGAGUUCGAGUUAGGCGGAGUAAAUUAUUAUAAAGAACAUUACCAAAUCCAUCCAAGGGGAGUUGGAUUUAGUUCGAGUUAGUGAGGAGUUCGAGUUAAGCGGAGUAAAUUACUAUAAAGAACAUUACCAAAUCCAUGCAAGGGGAGUUGAAUUUAGUUCGAGUUAGUGAGAAGUUCGAGUUAAGCGAGUUCCAGUUAGCGGGGGACUGUAGUCAUAAAGAUAUACUGAACUAAAUAACUGAUGGAAGAAUAUUAGUAUAUAUGAAAAUAAUGUUAAAUAUGGAUCUGAUAUACUAUUGUUCUAAGGAAGGUGCUGUUAUCUUAUAAUGAAGUUCUAUCUGAAUAAACAUUUAAAUAACCGUAAAUCCAUAAUACUUUAUUUUAAAAGAGAUAUAACAACUAUCCUCCUUCUUUUGAAAUCAGAGUUCAUUCGUAGCUGGAGGACACUGGUGUCCGUGUACAAGAAUCAUGUUGUGCGUGUACCAGAUCAUAUGCCAUAUCCUUAACCAGAUUGUGUGCCAUAUCGUGUAACAUAUCGUGUACCACAUCGUGUACCAGAUCAUGCAUGUAUCAUGUUGUAAGUGCCAUAUCGUGUAACAUAUCGUGUACCACAUCGUGUACCAGAUCAUGCAUGUAUCAUGUUGUGCCAAGAUGUCGUCCUCCGAUAUUGAUUAUGAUAAGAUGGAAGAAGAGUUUGCCUACUCUAUGGGAAUUCAAAUCUACGUAUUUGGCCUACCCCUCACAAUUUUUGAAGACCAAAGAAAGAUUCGUUUGGAUCCAGAUCUUAUGCAGCAGCAGGAAGGUUUGUCACCCGUGGCUCCGAUAAAUCAACUUGGUCACUUGGACGGACUCACCACGCCUGAUGAUAUUAUUCCAUACACACCCAACAAUGACACGGUCUACAGUGGUGCUCUGCUGGAGCUGAUUGACGAGCCUAUCAUUCUGAAAACACCGUCGGAAAUUCUGGAUCGCUACUGGAGCAUACAAGUUUCUGAUACAUUCUUCGAAAACCGUUUCUAUAUUGGUUCAAGAACCACGGACGGUUAUGGAGGAAACUUUGCAUUCGUGGGACCAAAUUUCGUUGGUGAUCUCCCAGAUGAUGUCGUGGCUCACCGCCUUCCAUAUAACAGUGCGAUGUUCGCUCUUAGAAUGGAGGUUGAUAAGACCAACAUAGAAGAGGACACCAAGAAGGUUCAAGAAUUACAGAAGCAGUUCUCACUUACCUCUCUCAGCAACUGGAACGACGGAAAACUUGGUGUCACCCAUGUACCAGCCAGUGUUAAAGCAAAGCCCGAUUAUGAAGGUCCUCUUGGCGUCUUCCAAUUGAUUGCUGCACUGAUGGUAGAUAAUCCUCCCGCAGAGAAGCACGCCGCACAGUGGGACACUUAUCGUUAUGUUGGACUCGUUGCUGGUGAAGAAUUUCAACCCGAGAGACUCUCGAAGCCCACUUACCGUGGUUUAGCGCGUGCCGCCCAAGUCGGCCCAGAUCUCAUGCAAUGGAAAGUGAAAUUUCAAGGUACACGUUAUGAAACUCGCUGGAACAAAAUACAAGAUGGCACUUACAGCUUUAAGUAUUUUGACCGGGCAACUGGAACUUUGGAAGGAUUGUUUGUUCACGAUUAUGAAGAAUGCAUCUACUACAGUACCUACGAGUCUUACGUUCCUAACCCAACCGAGGGAGAAGAUGGAACCGGGGAAUUUUUCAACAGCAGCUUCAAGUACACCAUGCAUAUCGAAAAGAGUCAGAUCCCAGAGGCCAAGGCGUAUGGAUUCUGGUCCAUCACCAUGUAUAAUGACGCGUUCCAGUUGGUUGCUAAUGACAUCGAUCGGUAUUCAAUCAGUCUCCAAACUAAAGGGAUUGAAAUAAACGAGGAUGGAUCUUUGGAUCUGUAUUUUCAAGCUGAACCACCAGAAAGUGCCAAAGAGAGAAACAACUGGCUUCCUUGUCCUAAAACGCCAAACACCCUUUUCCGCAUAGCGUACCGAACCUAUCUUCCGACCUACCGAGUUUUGAAUCCUGAUGAUGUUCUACGUUAUAUUCCACCUGUUAUGAAGCGAGGCGAGAUGAAGCGGCGCAAAUGAAGCGAUGAAGAGGUGCAAAAAUAUUCAAGAAACUCUUUCAUUAAUUAAGGUUCUUUAACUACAUUUGUUUACACUGUUGUAUUGCUUUUUAUUAUAUAGAAUUCAUAGCCCGACAUGUAUCAACUGUCAUUGCUAAGUAGUAUUUUAUGUUUUAUCAUUUAUGGACAUGUGUGUAAUAACUGUGACAACUCUCAUUGUUUUUACAAUCUCUAUGGUUUUUACUGUGAUAGAUUAUCAAUACUAACCAUUAACCAAUGCUUGUGAAUUAUAUGCAUGUUAUGAAUAUCAUUCUGUUAUCAUUUCCA